ACACAAAACAAGCAAAAGAAAGAACAGCAUGUCCGAUAGCCAAACUGCUGGCAAUUAAAAUAAACUAAAGAAGCCCAUAGAUCUAGUUCAUGUGCAACACGGGAGCUUUUCUAUCUAAGUUAAGAACUGUUUAAGUGUGGGGAAAUGACAAACGAAUGAAAAUCGGACCUAGUUUUGUCAGCAAGACGCAACCAUUUGAUUCAGUAUCAGCAAAUACUUCGAGAAGAACGCACGCGUUCAGAACAAAAACCCCUUUCACAUAAAAGGAUAGCAAUUGAAAAGGAUUAAAUCGCGAGAAAUCAUGAAACGUUUUGCCUGUUUGAAUCUGCGCUCCGUUGGCUUAAGCAUAGCCUGUUUGGAUGCCCUAAUCGCAGUUUGCGUCCUGAGCCUCUCCAGUUAUCAUCUGUACUAUGAUUUCAUGGACUUGACGCAAUGGCAGCAGGCCGAAGUGCAGAUUACGAGUCCUUUUGGCACAUUUAUCGCUACGUUGGUGGACUAUGUGCUAGUGCACGAAUUUAGUCAGGCUUUCUAUAUGAUACUAACUGUAACUGUGUGGGUCAAAGCAUUGAUAAAUCUGAUUGUGGCUUGCAUUCUAGUCGAUGGCAUUAAACAGCGACGACUCGUCUGCAUUGCCCCCUGGUUAAUCAAUGCGUGUGCCUCAAUGGUCGUUGAGGUUGCCGUGUUCGUCUCCUUGGAGCUAAAGAUUGACGAAGUGGAUGCCUCUAUAGACCGACGCAUAGCACGCAGUGUUCUGUUUGGCGUUUUUACAGUACUAAAUGCGCUCUUCGCCUAUGGAAUUUAUGCGCUUUAUCGCAUGCUGAAGACCUCAACAAACGAGAAUCCUGCGCUGCAGGAGAGCAUUGUGGAGACGUCGGGUAUGUUUCAGCAUAUCAAGGUUUAAAAUGUGACAAGUGACAAGCAAACUUAAAUUGGCCCUCUACAGAAAGCAAACUUAUUUAGUUGGAAUCUCGAACAAGAGGCGUUUUCUUAAUCCAAUGUACAAGCAUUUAUGUAAUGUAACAAAUAAAACGAAACACAAGCAAUCACAACUUACUUCAAAGACUACCACGAAGCCCAAGCGACAGGCAAGAAUAAUAUAGAACGUGCUCGAUAAUUCAUAUUGGUUCCUUGAGCCUGGAGGCUCUCGAUAGUCCGAAUACCUUAAAAAAACGAUUUCUAUUAAAAAGAAUUCGGCAAAUUAUCAUUCAGUAUAGUUACAUGCACGAAGUUAUGCUCGAGUUGUUGGAGGGCUCGAUUUGAUACUUGGAGAGGGUAAAGUUCAAGUAACCAUUUAAAGUGCCAUCUUUAGAAUACAAGCCGCGGUAAACGAAUCGCGGUAUCAAGUCCGAGGUAAAGGCGAUAAUAAAACCCUAAAAAGAAGACAAACUUUUAAUGGCUAUUCAAUGAAAUUAAAUUGCAGUUAAACUUACAUUCGUUAUCACACUUAGCUUUCCAAUGCUAUCGAGUAUGCGAUACCAAACGCCAAUGUCUCUAACACGCUGCGAGACGGGUCGCUUGUGGUGUGUCAGCAGCUUCUUGGCAUCCAGCCGCAUUUCCAGUAUGUUAUUAA